GCUGGCGGCCUCACUAACCUCUCCAAGAUGCCCGCCUGUAACCUGAUGCUGCUGGGAGCUCAGAGAAGAACGCUGUCUGGCUUCAGCAGCACCUCCCUGCUGCCCCACACCGGCUUCAUUUACCACUGCGACGUUGUGCAGUCUCUACCACCUGACCUCAGGAGGAAGGCAGCUCGUCUGGUGGCUGCAAAGUGCACUCUGGCUGCCCGAGUGGACAGUUUCCACGAGAGUUCGGAUGGCAAGGUUGGCUACGAUCUAAAAGAAGAAAUAGAGAGGAAGUUUGAUAAAUGGCAGGAGCCGCCACCAGUGAAGCAGGUCAAACCGCUGCCAGCCCCGCUGGACGGACAGAGGAAGAAGAGAGGAGGAAGAAGGUAUCGAAAGAUGAAGGAGCGCCUCGGACUGACUGAGAUCAGGAAACAUGCCAACAGGAUGACCUUUGCAGAGGUCAGUAAAUAUUGUCUCUCAUGCCUCCUAUAUCUCAUCUAUUGUGUAACUAACCUCACAGCAACUUUUACGUGUAUUUAAUGCCGUGUUUUUCAC